AGGAUAAGGACAAAGUUUUCACUCGUGGGUAGGAGAGGAAUUCAUGGGUGACACACAACUAUAAGACCUAAAGCCUGCAUCUUCUUUUAGGACACUUGAGAAACAAUAGCUUAGUUGCACUUUGCAAUAACAGCUUCUACUCCUACUGUUCUUGAAGAAGCCUGCCCUAAUGGAUAUAGCGUCAGAUAGAUGGUUUACCGAGCAGGAUUUGGAUGAUUACAACUUGAUCCAUGAAUACCAUAUCAACUCUCUUGCAGAGUUGACCACACAAAACAUGGCAACUGCACCGGGAGAAAACCUCCAGCGAUCUUUCUCUUCAGAGAGCUACUCCUCCUACCCUCCUUUCAACAGCAAAUACACCAUCACUGCCAAAACUGCAACUUUAAGCAGUUCCUCUAUUGAAACAUCUCAAACCAGCUCUGAGAGACCCAGUAAACUGCAAAAGACCAACAGCUGGAACACCAGCAUGAUCACCACGGAGUACCUCUCUCCAAAACCUUCGUCUAUUACCCCUCAAAUCCUUUUUUUUGAGUCCUCACCUGCGAAUUCCCAGCUGUGUUUCUCGACUUUGAACUCAACUACCGUGAAGCCUAAGGACGAGGCUGCAUCUCCAAGAAAUAUGCAUUUCCAACCUUUGAUUUCGAAGGCCGCCCCUUUUGAAAACCAAAAUUACGAAAUAAAGGCCAGCCAAAGAACUACUAAUAAGAGGCCUUAUUCGAUAGCCAAAACUCCUUCACAUGCUCAAGAUCACAUUCUGGCUGAGAGAAAGCGGAGAGAAAAGCUUAGCCAGCGUUUCAUAGCUCUUUCAGCCAUUGUUCCAGGCCUAAAGAAGAUGGACAAAGCUUCUGUCCUUGGAGAUGCUAUCAAUUAUGUCAAACAACUUCAAGAACGAGUGAAAGUACUCGAGGAACAGACCAAGAAGAGAACUGUGGAAUCAUUUGUUCUGGUGAAGAAGUCUCAGCUUUCUGCUGACGAUGACUCUUCUUCAUGUGAUGAGAAUUCCGAUGGUGGCUCCGAUUCAGCACUUCCGGAGAUUGAAGCAAGAGUUUCAGAAAAGGACGUACUGAUUCGAAUCCACUGCGAUAAACAACAUGGAGUUGUUCCAAAAAUACUAAAUGAAGUAGAGAAUCUCAACCUAACUAUCAUCAACAGCAGUGUUUUGCCCUUUGGGAAUUGCACCCUUGACAUUACCAUUAUCGCUCAGAUGGAAUCUGAAUUCUCCAUGGCGGUGAAGGAUCUGGUGAAAAACCUAGGAGUGGCUUUUUUGAAGUUAAUGUAGACGAAAUUCAGUUUGUGCAUUUCUCGUCUGUACAUCCAUAGUCAAGAAUAUUUUGCUAAAGCUAAAACUUUAGUUAUCUCCUCUUCUUUUGACCCUUCUAAGAAAGACAUAAGCCUGGAAAUCUCUCCUCUUCUCUUGCCGUGAGGUUUCAUGUUCUGCAGAUUUUUCCCCCGUUUUUGUGUGGUUUACUUAUUAAACCAUGUUGCAUUACCCAGAAGUUGUAAAAAGAAUCACCACGGCCAUAAAUUAUUAGGGUUUUUAAGUGCUAAUGUCUAUGUCUAUCCCUUCUCUUUUUGCACCUCGUGCUUAAUUACUGAGAGAACCCAAAUAUAUUGAAGCUGAAGGGCACUUUCUUUGAGAAUUUGAUGAUUUUUUUUUUUUAAGGGUCUCUGUGUUUCGUGAUCUGCAAUGCGACCUUUUUUUAGUUUGUUUUCCUCCCAACUUUACCAUUGUAAAUAACUAGUGAGACUAAAUUAUAUAUAUAAUGUAAUAAAAAAUCACUUUGCCA